AUGGAGCCGACAGAAGUUCUUGAUAUACAAUACCCAGUUGAAAGGGUAUACAGCACAGGGCUCACAGUUGGUCUGCAGAUUGCUUCUUCAGUGCAAACAUCUUUGCAUUGGCGGAUGUGCUUUGUUCUGCUUUUGACUAUGAAUUCGCGCAAUCCGAGAACCUGCUCGUCGCCGAGGAGGCCGGCGGCGGCGGCGGCGGCGGCGCCCCUCCCCCACGCCGCGUCGCCGCCGCCGACGUCGCCGUCGUCGCCGUCGUCGUCGUCGUCGUCGUCCUCCUCCUCGUACUUAGCGCGGCUGGCCAACCGGCAGAUCCGGCGGGCGCUGGAGGCCGGCGAGAUCGACGCCGCCAUCGAGCUCCUCAGGUCCCACGCGCCCUCCGUGCUCGACGAUCACCGGAUCCUCUUCCGGCUGCAGAAACAGAAAUUCAUUGAAUUGUUGAGGAAGGGGACGGCGGAAGAUCGCGAUGCCGCCAUUGAGUGCUUGAGAACGUCUCUUGCACCCUGUGCUCUGGAUGCUUACCCGGAAGCGUAUGAGGAGUUCAAGCACGUUCUUCUUGCCUUUAUAUAUGACAAGGAUGAUCAGUCUUCUCCUGUAGCGGAUGAGUGGUCUGAAAAGAAGAGGUUUGAUAUAGCUGGCUUGAUGUCAUCAGUAUUAAGGGCUCAUUUACAAGUAUAUGAUCCACUCUUUUCGAUGACACUGAGAUAUUUGAUAAGCAUACAUAGGGAAUUUUGCUUACGCCAGGGAAUAUCUUCACCAAUUUCAGACCUCACCGAAAGAUUGCUCCUUAAGGAGUGUGAUCCUCCCACAACUGUCGAAGAAAGCUUGUAUGAAGUUCCCGCAUUUGACGAGGUUGACAUCCAAUCUCUUGCGCAUGCUGUUAUGCUCAGUAGACAAGGUGCCGUUGACAGCUUGAGAUUUGCGAAGGGAGAUUUGUUUCUGGCUUUUCAGAAUGAACUAUGUCGAAUGAAAUUGGAUAUACCGAUGCUUGAUGAGCUCGCGCAGUAUUGUCUUUACAGGGGUAUUAUCGAUGCCAGUCUUACAUUUCCUUCGGGUAAAUCUGAGGCUGCUUAUCUGUUAUUUAAGUGUGGCUUUCUAAUCGGAAAUUGUUUGCUUGAGUUGGAUGAAUCUCAGGCUGGUAAACAGUCUGAUGGUGAAGUCCUUAGCAACAGCUGCAUAGAUGGUUGUUCAGACAAUAACAGUGAAGUAAUAACAAGGGAAGGUACUGAUAUUGAACUACGUUAUGCUAGUGAGCCAACAAGUAACCAUGAAAUUUGUAGCACGAGCAGUUCCCAGCAGUUCAACCAUUCAAAAUUGCUUCAAAGAAACAGAAACCGUGGAACUGGUGAGAGGAGGAAACGUAAGCGAUGGAGAGGAAGGCAUGAUGACUUGAUUUUUGUGCCUGAUACGUCAUUUGUUAGAAGUAUCAAACAGGGGGUCCAGGUUGCUGCUUCAGUGUCUUGUGCAAAUACAUCGAGAGAACGAGAGGGUUCAGACGCAAGAUUUACUUUUGAGAACCAAACUGGGGAGGAAAAAUAUGAAUUCCUUUUAGAGAUGAAAGAACUAGCCAGCAAGGGAAUGGCAGCUGAAGUUGUUGAAGAAAUUAACACUAUGGAUCCCAAUUUCUUUCUGCAGAAUCCUGUUUUGCUGUUCCAACUCAAGCAGGUUGAAUUUCUUAAGUUGGUCACUUCAGGCGAUCAUUCUAGUGCUCUUAAGGUUGCCUGCAGCCACUUAGGUCCUUUAGCUGCUAAAGAUCCAGCAUUAUUAAAGCCCUUGAAGGAGACUUUGUUGGCAUUACUCCGUCCUGAGGAUAUUUCAAUUGGAAAAUGCUUGCCUUUGGAUGCUCUUGCAACUUCACUCCAGGUUGCAAUUGGUAGAAGCCUCGGGAUUGAAGAACCUCAGCUCAUGAAAAUAAUGAGAGCAACCCUUCACACACACACUGAGUUGUUCAAACUUCAAAUGUGUAAAGAUCGCUUUGAGAGUCUUUUGAGGAUUGAUUCCUUGAAGGAUGUUAGCAGCCCCAUGGUUGGAGUAGCUGCUUUAUCGAAAUCAAAUACUGAUAGUGCUCAGGGUUCCUCAGUGGUCACGACCUCGUCAAGUCCUAGGAUGGCUGAUGAUGGAAGCAGUCCUACUCAAGUUUCUUCUAGUGAUGGCAUAUGUGAUGAAAGUGCAAUUCUUAAAGUCAUGGAAUUUCUUGCUUUGCCUAGGGCCGAUGCCAUCCAUUUGCUUGGCCAGUACAAUGGUAACGCCGAAACGGUCAUCCAGCAAUUAUUUGCUUAGUCUGAGACCUAAUGUCUGUAUGUGCUCGGGGACAUUUAUUUAUUCUUUCACACAUAUUCAUUCACGGUGUACCAUAGCUUUGUUAGGCGAAACGUCGGAAUGUGCGAGUUUUUGCACGUCUUGGUAUCAUCUCUUCUCCACCGGUGUAAUUGAUGAGGAUGAGUGCCCUAAAACUCUUAAAAGAUGCAGGGUGUGGUGGAAUGUACAAAAAUACAAUAACUUGAAGCAAUGCUUUUGUUGUAAUAGACUCUCUGGCAAGCAAGCAAGCAAGCAAGCUUGUUGAAGCUACUGCUGUCAAAGUUCUCAUUCGAAUAUAAGUGCUUUGAACGCCA